GGGCGCUCAGGACAUUGAACAUAGUUCAGACAGUAAAUAUUUGGGUUUUCACUGCGGACUGUGCUGUCUCCAUGGUCGAUGAGAGGAAAGGGUAGUGCAAGGGAGAAUAACCUCAAGGACUGAGCACCAACCCAAGGGGAAAGGUUUAGAAUAGCCCGCUUCUGCAAAUAUGGAUGAUCUAAAGCACCAAGUUAUGAUAAAUCAGUUCGUCCUGACUGCUGGAUGCGCCGCAGACCAAGCGAAACAGCUUCUACAAGCGGCACAUUGGCAGUUCGAGACUGCAUUAAGUGCCUUUUUUCAAGAAACCAAUAUUCCAUACAGUCACCAUCAUCAAAUGAUGCACACUCCAGCCAACACACCAGCAACACCUCCCAACUUCCCAGACGCCCUGGCCAUGUUCUCUUAUUAAUGGUUCUCUCCUUUCUCCACAGAUGCACACUCCAGCCAACACACCAGCAACACCUCCCAACUUCCCAGACGCCCUGGCCAUGUUCUCUUAUUAAUGGUUCUCUCCUUUCUCCACAGAUGCACACUCCAGCCAACACACCAGCAACACCUCCCAACUUCCCAGACGCCCUGGCCAUGUUCUCCCGCCUCAAGGCCUCAGAGAGCUUCAACGCCAGCAGUCCCAUAGCCUCCAUGGCGACCUCUCCUCCUCAGGUCAACUGGGCCAUGGGCCCUUCUGCCCCAGGUCAGACCCAGCAGGGCCUGUGGACUUCUGGGCAGCUGCCCUCUCAGGUGCCUCCCCGAGGGUGGCCCCAAGCCGUCACUCAGCAGGCAUCCAGUGAACAGGCCAGCGUCACCAUGGAGGCAGAGAGAUGAGAGCACUGCAGGGGCCUCGCGAUAACAAGAGGAACCAAUAUCGGGCAGUCCUCUUUGAGUUGUCUGUAAGGGAAAGCAGAAAACCAAGCGAUGUUGUGGACAUGCACUGAGGACAGAAAGGAGGAAUUAUGAGCAUACAGCUGAUGAACAUUCACAUGACGCCACAUUGUAAAGUCUGCAGACAAUUUUAGCUAGGCAUACGUUUCAUUUUUUUCCAUUGAUCUGAAACCAGAGACAAAGAUGGACUUGUAUGACUAGUGCCGAAGAAGGGUCUUCUUGUUGUACACACCGAUGUGUAUGACAGUGUCAUCAUCUUUCCUUUGUCUUUCUGGAGUGGUGUCAAUGGACUGGAUGCCUUUGAUACUGGGGGUGCACUGCAUAAAUAACACCAUUCUUCUUGAUUUUUUUAGCCAGUGUAAGUGUCUGAAUAUCAUGUGUUCUAGUAUUCUAAUGUGCUUAGAAACCAACUUGGAUCUGCUUUUUCAAACAUUGGGUAAUGACAUUGACUGUCCCACUCACACAAUCAAGGAACACCAGCUAUCCAACUAUGUUUAAUAAGCAACUUUACAAACUGCUCCUCUUUAUGUCUUAUGUCUGCAUUGAAUGCUAAAGGAUGUUAUACUUCAAUCAUUGUUCAGUGUUUUUUGUAUGAUUUUGUUUUCAGCAACUAGUGUCAGAGGAUAAGUGAGAUAAAGGUUUCUGUCAGAGUGAGACAUCUUGCUUGAUAUUCCAGCUGUGCACCAUCUCUAAGUAGCACACAGAUACUUUUUGACACAGUGUUGUCGUUGCUUAAGAUGGAAAUCAGCAUAUUAGGGGAAAAUAAUAAAGAGGGAAAAUAUAUUUUUAAAAAUAAUAUAGAUAUAUUUGGUGAUGCUGUCUCAGGAACUCUCGGCUCAAAAAUGUUUCGUCUAGGCACCUGAUCAUCUUUUUUAUUUUGUACAAUGGAAUGAAAAUUGCAAUUGAAAGGAACUGAUAAAUUCAGGGAAGGCCCCAUCCAAAACGUUUUAUAUUCUACGAUCUGUUAAUCUGAUAAUCACACUGUAGUUUUGCUUUGCACAUCGGUUGCGUGAACACACGCCUGUUCCUCGAUGUUUUCCAUGAGACAGCUACCACAACAAUUUUGUGGAUUACCAGACAAUUGACUUAAUUAUUUUGUGUUUCUGAAUAAAUAUUGUAUGUAUUACACUGCA